UCGUGAAGCAGCCUUACGACACCUAGCUCCAUCCUCCGGCCUCCACCUCUCUCCACUUCUCGAUCCCUGUGACAACUCUUAGCAAAUGGGAGGGAGCUCACCGUGCGCUUCCUGCAAACUAUUGCGGAGGCGGUGCACAAAGGACUGCAUCUUUGCCCCCUUCUUCCCUUCAGAUGACCCCCACAAGUUUGCAAUGGUUCACAAAGUCUUCGGUGCUAGCAAUGAACUUCCGGUUCAUCAGAGAGCAGAUGCUGUGAGCAGCCUAGUCUACGAGGCCAACGCAAGGAUGAGGGACCCGGUUUACGGCUGCGUGGGGGCCAUCUCUUUCCUCCAGAAUCAAGUGUCUCAACUUCAGAUGCAGCUCGCCGUUGCUCAAACUGAGAUCCUUUGCAUUCAAAUGCAGCAGGAGCCACCAUCGACCGAUCAGCAGAUGCAGCCUGAUGACAAAUCAUUUCUGAUGCAUAAUAAUCUUAAUGGCAUGCCUCAGUUGAUGAACUAUGGCUCCUCAAGCAAUGUAGCUCAGGAACCUCUCAAGAGUGAAUCUCUUUGGACAUAGACUUGUUUUCUCUUUUAUUGCAAUGAAGUACUACUAGAUGGUGUUGUUUUCUUCCUUGGUUAUCCAUGGAGAGAGGUGGAGAGAGAGAGAGAGAGAGGGGGGGCCUUAUAUGAAAUUAUGACCCUUAUAAUCUAAGGUCUUCUAUCUUCUUUUUUAUGA